AAUGCCAUUUAUUAUGAUGAUGUAAAUCUUUAAAAGUAACUUAAUUGUAUGAAUUUUGUUCGUUUACGUCUUCGCUCUUAUUUCAUCAGUUAGAUUGUGUCGUAUUUAAUCUGUAAAUAUACCUAUUCUAGUAACAUCUUAUAACCCUUAAUUUUUAGGCUAAUCUUUACUAGUAUGAUAACUUGAUCAAUUGUACAAGUUAAUUUAACUAUAAAUUCCAACAAACCAUAUCUCUGUACAAAAAUAAAGCAUGGCUUGUUUUCUUUUUAAUAAGGAUCGUGUUUAUAUACACAUACCGGAUGUUUGUGAUGUAGAUAAAGUUACUUUUUACAACAUUGUUGUAAAGGUUGGUGAUUUCUCCUGGAAAGUAAAGCAUCGCUACAAUGACUUUGUUACAUUACAUGACAAAUUAGUUGUGGAUCAUUGUGUUUCAAAAGAUAUUUUGCCUUCGAAAAAACUCAUAGGUAAAAGGGAUCCAGUUUUUAUUCAAAAAAGGCGACUUGGAUUGGAAACGUAUUUGUCAAAUGUUGUAAAUUUUCUCAAAGAAACAAUGCCUCGAGAGUUAGCAAUGUUCUUGGAUUUUCACAAGUAUGACAUAUUGUUCCUGCUUCAAGAGAUGUCAUCAACAUUUUUGAGGGAUGGGGAUGCAAUUCUAUCAAAAGAGAAAAGUUUCAAGUUUAAUCCAUUGCAGCUCCAUGCAAUUAGUGAGCGGUUGAAACAGCCGUGUCCACCUAUUGAAAUCUUCGACAAAUCAUACGACUUCAGCCACGUUCUGGAUUUCUGCUGCCAGUUGCUGAAAGUAGAAGUCGAGGGUUCUUGGGAUCCGAUUGAGUCGAGCGACAUUAUUCCCAACAAAUGCGCUUUUGAAUUAUCAGCUUUCAAAAAUGUCCAAGAACUGCUACUGAACAAGGUGUGUGUUGGACGGAUUUAUGACACUGGGACAAUGAGGCAUACUCUUCGGAAGUUGACGGUAACUGAAUGCAGUUUACAGUCACCAGCAGAUAUUCUAUUGUGCGAUGUUGUGCAUAAAGAGUGCGUUACUGAGGUGCCUGAAGAAAAAAAGUGGCUUCAACUCGCAGAGGUAGAUCUCAGCCAGAAUCAUAUCAAAAGUUUUGGUAACACACUAUUAUUGAUGCCCGUAUUGACGAAGCUAAAAGCGAAUGAAAAUCCAAUCACCCAGGUUGACGAUUUGACAAACCUGCAAGAACUGAGUCACCUAUAUUUGUCUGCUAAUCGGAUCAACGAAGCUGACGAUUUUCAUCUCCGACUCAAAAACAUCGUUUUCCUCGACCUUUCGCAGAACCUUAUCUCCUCGCUCCGAGGCUUUUCUUCGCUCUACUCUCUCGAAGGACUCGACCUCGGAUCGAACAUCAUUGUUGACGUCAGUGAAGUUCAGCACGUUCGGACGCUGGACAAACUCAACUAUCUAGUUUUAACAGGAAAUCCUGUGGCUACCGUGGUGGAUUACAGGAUAAAGGUGCUGGAACAGUUUGGCAGGCGAGCCGCAAGUUUGUGUUUGGACAACGAGAGGCCGUCCCAGAAAGAGCUAGACACAGUUGCUGUCGUGUUGGCGUUACGAGUAGUCAAAGAGGGCAAAGCACCCGUCUUCUCACGCACCGUUGAACCUACAUUCCCCAAUACACUACAGUAGCGCCACCUUAAACUGAUAGUUAUCCCGUCGGAGGUAGCGUCUGUGAGAAUUAGUUUUUCUGUAGUGGUGGACAGGCUACUGUGGACCAAAGUAUUGGGUUCGAGUUCUAAGCCAGGAAUCGUCUACCAGUGCGACCGGUCCUUUAUUAUUGCUGCUCAACAGAGUUCGUAUUAAAGGGGGCAAGCAUCGGGGGACGAUAGCCAGCUUACCUUGAGUCUGCGUUAGCCUGUCUACGACUCUAAUCAUUGUUGUACCUAAGAGGGUAUAAAAAAAAACACAAGUGUAUAAUUUGUAAAGUAUUGAAAAAUAUUGUUCCAGAAAUUGAAUGUUGCACAGAUUUAUUGUUACUGCUUUUGAAAUUGAAGCCUGAAAAUUUACUCGAUGGAUAAAUUACAGUUUACUGUCAAAAUUGAUUUGUUGAAACAUGCAAAUACCUACUUGUAUAUACAUAUUACAUAUUGUGGUUCUUAAAUUCAGUCAUAUCAUUGGCUAGUGUAAAGGCAAUAGAAAAUGGCAACGCUCUGUCACAAGUCAGUUAUGAUUUAUUUAUUUACCAGUAUUUACCACGAAUACUAGAAAAAUACCGGUAUGGAUCAUAAACAUAAACAAAUGACGUUGGCCCGAAUCCUAUACUAAUAGCAAUAGCAUUGAACAUAUGUUUUGGCAGUUUUUUAUUUUUGGCCCAAAAACGUCAUUUGUUUAUAUAUGAUCCAUACCGGUAUUUUACUAGUAAUCGUGGUAUUUACUGUUGAAUUAUUACAAUUAAAUUUUGUAUCCAACUUUGUGUGCUCCGGUGUAAUCAAUAUGAAUGAUUUUUAUUUUUGGUGUAAACUUUUUUUGGACUUCAAAAUUUGCAUAGUUUGUAAUAUUUUAGUUGUAAUGUUAUUUUUUGUUUUGUUUUUAUCUCAUGUAUCUAUUUGUGCAUUACUAACUUAUGUGAUAUAAACCUGUAAAUAGGUCACAUAUUCUGUGAUACAUGUAUUAUAUGAACUCUAGUAUUAUCAUGGUAAAAGACAUCUUUGGAAGAAUAUUUUAAAACCCUCUUCUGUUGAACUAACAUUGUAUCUUUUAAUUUUUCAUUGAUAUUUGGAAAAUUAUCAAUACUGCCCCUGGGUCAAGGCAUAGCAGCAAUACAACAGUUCAGUUUUAAAAGGCUCUUUUGAUUUCUUACACCGGUGGGAAUUCAAUUAUAGCAUAUAAUCAACAUCUAAGGUGCUAAAGAAUUUAAAUUUCAUGAUUUUGCAAGAACUCAUUCAUAUAGAAUAAUCACUAAUCAACGAACGUUUGCUGCACAUAAAACGUUACAACCACGAUAAUAGAGCUGCAUUGCAGCUUUAAAAACAUGUUUGACCAAUGUCAGUUAAAAAUUUGUUUUGUUAAGUUGACAGAUAUUAAAUAGGCCUAGGCCAACAAAAAGUGUUAGAAUAUAACAUUUUCUGGUAGGCCUACUUUAGUAAAAAAUCAACCAAUGUGCCUUUCAUAUGUAUGUAUGACCAUUGACAAAAAGAAUUAAACAAAGACUGUCAGCCGUGCUGCAGUUACCAUAGGUUCUGGCCCACACCGAUGGGAGCGCCGUGUAGUUAUGGGGUAUGCGCUACGUGACUACACGGUGCUCCCAGCAGUAUGCGCCAGAACGUAUGGUAACGGUAACCAUGGGACCGCAGCACAGCUGACAGUAUAUAUUUUAUUCAUUUUGUCUAUGGUAAGACUGGUGUUCUAAACAUUUUAUAGAACACAAUUUAGAUGUUAUAUUUUUAAUUUGAUUUUUCACUCAUGAAAGCAAUAACUUACUGUUUCCAUAAUGUUAUGACAAUUGUUAAGUUUUAUUCUAUUUCACAUUUUUUUCAAUUUGGAUACAUUGAUGGGUCAGGUGAGGUAUUCUAGUUUUAAAAUGUAUUUUCUGGUGCUUAAUUUGCUAGCAGUUAUUUGAUUAUUUUUCUUUAUACCAUUUUAAGCACCAACUACAGUUAACUUAUAAUUAAAGAAUAACACUUGUGAAUUGCUGCAAUUAAAUCAAAAUGUUGUUAUAUU